CGGAGUUGAAUGUGCUUGAGUUUAAAUAUUCAGAAUCGUGGAUCUGUGAGUCUUUCUCUAGCGACGGGAAAGACUGACUGAUUCAGCAUUACUCGACUGUUAUACUUUGUGUUAUAGUCUUCAUCUAACUGAAUAGGGGUGUGUGUGUGUGUGUGUGUGUGUGUGUAUGUGUGUUUGCACUGUGGACAAGCAGUUUUAGGGACUUUGAGUGGCUCGGGCAGUAUGUAUACUAUGCUUCUUUUCUUGUCCGUGUUGCUGGCCUGGCCAACGGCAGCAGGGGCACACAAGGACACAGAAAUGCCCUUCAUGGAGUACCUGGACCCAAACCAGCAGGUCAAACUGAAAUGGGGUUUCAGUGAGAUCCAAGGAAACAUCACCUUUGAACUGAGCAUCAACACGACAGGCUGGGUGGGCUUUGGAUUUAGCCCCAACGGAGGCAUGGCGGGAUCAGAUAUUGUCAUUGGGGGAACCGGACCUAAUGGAAACUACUUUAAUGAUUACCAUGCAACAGGGAAUAACUUUCCUUUGGUGGACAAGCAGCAGAGCUACAACCUCCUGUCUCUGACUGAGGUCGAAGGUCAGACAACCAUGACAUUCUGGAGGUCCGUUCGCUUGUGUGAUGAGGAGGACUUUCACAUAACUAGCAGGCCCGUCAAACUGAUCUAUGCCUAUGGGACCACUGAUGACAUCAGCUAUCAUACUACACGGAGAGGCACCAAGGAGGUCAACCUGCUCAACUAUAUGCCCAGGGUCAACAUACCAGAACGCCAUUACUUUAAUUUCACUAUGGACAAUGUUGAUAUCCCUGCGGUGCAUACUUACUACCACUGCAAGGUCAUGAAGUUGCCAAAGCUCAAUGGGAAACAUCAGAUCUAUCGGAUUGAACCAUCUAUUGAGCACGUGGAUAUUGUUCAUCACAUGCUGCUGUACAGCUGCCCAUCAUCUGUCUCUGAGGCCUACAACAGACAGUGCAACAAGGGAGGUGAUGAGGACUUGUGCAUCAGAGUGGUGGCCACUUGGGGAGUAGGAGGAGGGGCAUUUGAAUUUCCGGAAAAUGCUGGCAUUUCCAUCGCAGGAGAGAACGCUGAUGUCUUCUACAGGUUGGAAAUCCACUACAAUAACCCAACAAGCAAAGCAGGUAGAAGGGACAGCUCGGGGCUGAAGCUAUACUAUACCGCCAAACUCAGGCAACAUGAUGUAAACAUCCUGAUGACAGGCUUAUUGGUCGCUCCCUACCCGCACUACCAAAUCCCACCAGGCACUGCUCAGUUUCACACGUACGGAGUGUGCCAUACCACUGCCUUUUCCAAGUUCGUGGAGGAACCUGUGCCUGAUUUGCAAGUGUUCGCAGUGUCAAUGCACACUCACUUGGCUGGGAGGAGAGUCAGAGUUGGCCAUUUCAGGAAUGGAACUCAGAUAGACUUCAUGAGCCUGGAUGAGAACUACAAUUUUGAGAUGCAGCAGAUCACUGCUUUGGGCAGCAUCAAGACCCUCAAGCAGGGUGAUGAGCUCCUAGUGGAGUGCACCUAUAACACAACCAGUCGCACAGGAUUUACAAAGAUGGGAUUUGCAACCACCGAUGAGAUGUGUCUAGCCUUCUUAUUUUAUUAUCCUGCAAUUGACAUCAGUACCUGUGUAAGCCACCCCAAUAUGGAAUAUGUCAAGACCCAGCUGACUAAGCAAGACAACCAUGUGCUCGAAAGCAUCAGCCUCAGCAAACCUUCAGACCAGGAUGCUAUUACUGAUUAUGAGAAAUUAUUGACUACUGUACCGCAGCAGUCGCUGAUAAAUGGAUUCCCCGCUCCCCCCCCAGUGGACCUAAACAGCAUGAUCAGGAAUAUGAUGGAAACACCCUCUGUCAUCUGUCAAAAUGAUCCUGUCAUUUCCCGAGCAGCUCCCAAGCAGCUCAGCACCUGCUGGGAUGUGACACUGGCAGGUGGCAUAAUGCUGCUUUGGAAGGCAGUGCUGUAAAAUAGGGGCGGGCAGCUCAUUUACUAUUGUUGGCAAGUACAGCCAAUAACACCUGUGACCCUCUGAGACCCAAGCAGUUUCUGGGCGUUUUUUUUUGUGUGUGCACUUUACACAUUUUUUUUAAAUCACUGUGAGCUCCUUUUUCACUGCAAUAUAUGUCCUGCACCUCCAUCAAAAAUGUAUUUUGUGCAGUGUAACACAGUUAUAAUAGCAUGAAUCAUGAAAAAAUAAAAAAACUCAAGUUGAAUUUAUAUGAUAAUUUAUUUUGUAAAUAAAUACAUAAACAAAAACAAAAUUUUCCCACAAAUGUCAACAAUAUAUGGGGGGAAAGGGGGAGGAGGCUCCACAUGCGAUACAUAUUAAACUAUUGACAUGUGUAAUAAUUAUGUAUUAAUACACAAUAAUACAGCAGGAUGUGACACAGCCUGCGAUUCAGUUGCCUCAGACGCUGAUUCGCUGAUUUUUUUCACGUGCCCCUAAACCCGCUUGCACGAGCCUGUCAUUGCACGCUUUCAGUUGCGCGGAAGAGCGCAGAAUUUUAUUUUUUAUUUUAUGUUAUUUUUACAGAACCUGGCUCGUGCAGACGAUUUAUUUUUAGCGAAAUUUUAAAUGAGACACGUAGAACCAAGUAAUUUCGAUGAAACUUCGGUAUUUACAUCUUAGAUUGUUAUUUUCGAUGACGGAACCGUUCAUCUCUCAUGGUGCAUUCAAAGACCGUCGAAAAUUUGAUAACCCGACAACUAUUUUUAUUUAUGAAGUUUCUGGCUAUGAUGAAUGGUGUAAUUUUGGCGAUUUUUUUAUUCAAGAAAACAUAUCCCUCGAACUCCCCGACGGUUUUUGGGGUUUCAGAAGGUUAGCAUUUGUAAUUUGUGAUAUUGGGCUUAAAAUUGACUUGACUUGACUUAAGAUACAGUGCCGGAAAUUUUAUUCUAAGAAAGACAGUCAGUUAACCUUUUAAUUGUGAAUUAUAAAUUCCAUACGUAAAUAUUUAACUGUUUAUUUCUUUCUGCAUUAAUUUGAUUUAUUUUUUUUAAUGAAAUGAAUGGCAUUUUGUUUUGCGCACAAAUCCUUGCAGAUAUUAGCCUGGAUCUGAUAUUGCAUUCGCUUACACCAAAAAUUCACAGUUUUACAGUAGUCGGAAAGGUCAAAAUUUUUAUAUAUAAUGGAGAAUAUCAUGUUAUGAAGGGAAAAUGCUGGUUGUAUACAUUUUAGUCAUUUUCCAAAUUGCAUCCUUAUGAUAAUAAGGACAUGACUUACCAUGUAUCAGAGGUCAUGCAUUGCAAUGUUUUUCUAAAUAAAUUUGUACUA